CAAAUGGAUUAAUACGAACGUAAAAUAGGAACAGCAGGCCCAAAAUAUCAAAUCUUCCAUUUUCUCCCGUUAUUUUAUUUUCAAACAGCAUAUCAAACCCACCUUUUCCCUCUCCUAUCUCUGUUUUUCAGUCUCUCACUACUCAAUUGUCAAAUGCAAAAACCGAAAAUCCCUUAGCUUCUCUCUCUAAUUCGAUCUUCAGUAAAUUUACUUCACCACUUAAAUCGAUGCAAGAGUUUAUGGGUUCCGUGCGCCGAUCUCUUGUCUUCAAGCCUUCCGGCGGCGAAGAUAAUGGUGGCUUCCGCGACAUCGUUGAGAAAAUCGGGACAAGUGUUCGAAAUUCCCGAAUCGGACUUUUUUCUAAAACCCCAUUCCACGCCCUGCCCCCGAUUGCUAAACCAGAGACGCCACGAAAAACAGUCAAAGAGGAAGGGCGAGUAUUGAUUAAUAAAGAGGAGGCGGUAACACUUCAGAUUGAAGCGGUGGAAAUGGAAGAGAAUGUGGAACAGCCGCUGCCGAUCAGGUGGAGAAAGGGGGAGUUGAUAGGGUACGGGGCCUUUGGGAGGGUUUACAUGGGUAUGAAUCUUGAUUCUGGAGAGUUACUUGCUGUGAAAGAGGUUGCAAUUGCGGUGAAUAGUGCCUCAAAGAAAACCCAGGAUCAAAUCACAGAGCUUGAGAAAGAAGUGAAUCUACUGAAAAAUCUCUCGCAUCCAAAUAUUGUAAGAUACUUAGGAACUGCGAGAGAGGAGGAUUCGUUGAAUAUAUUACUGGAAUUUGUUCCUGGUGGAUCCAUCUCAUCACUACUGGGAAAAUUUGGAUCUUUUCCAGAAUCAGUUAUCAGAAUGUAUACGAAACAACUGUUGUUUGGAUUAGAAUACCUGCACCAGAAUAAGAUUAUGCAUAGGGACAUUAAGGGGGCAAACAUUCUUGUUGAUAACAAGGGUUGCAUUAAACUUGUUGAUUUUGGUGCAUCCAAGAAAGUUGUUGCACUGGCUACUAUGACGGGUGCCAAAUCAAUGAAGGGUACUCCAUAUUGGAUGGCUCCUGAAGUUAUUCGCCAGACUGGUCAUAGCUACUCUGCUGAUAUAUGGAGUGUUGGAUGCACUGUUAUUGAGAUGGCCACCGGAAAACCUCCUUGGAGCCAGCAGUAUCAGGAGGAAUUUGCUGCACUCUUUCAUGUGGGGACUACCAAAUCUCACCCACCAAUACCUGCACAUCUCUCCAUUGAGGCUAAGGACUUCUUGUUAAAAUGUUUACAGAAGGAACCUGACUUUAGGCUUUCUGCAUCAGAUUUGUUAAAGCAUCCAUUUGUGACUGGAGAAUGUCAGAGAUCCCACCAUCUUUCACACACUUCGCUUACGAAGGAUAGCUAUGGAAAGAGGAUGACAGCGCUUGGAAUUGACCUCAAGAUGUCAAUGAAUUUUCAGACAAGGAUGACCUGCAGUGGUUUGAAAGAUGUCAGUGACUUGGGAAGUGUAAGAUGCUCAUCUAUAUAUCCUGAGUUGUCAGGUACAGGAUCCUCUUGGCAACCAGUGAACUUUGAUGACGACAUGUGUCGAAUAGACGACAGUGAUGAAUUUGGCGCAACAAUGAAAUAUAAAUCUAGUCAGCUUACAUAUGAUUUUAAUCAGAGUUUUAAUCCAAUGUGUGACCCUGACGAUGAUUGGCCUUGCAAGCUUGAUGGAAAUCCAGAGGUGGAGGAAACUGGAACAAGGUUGCUUACCAGUCAAGUUCUUGAACCUGGGAAUAAACCUCAAGCAUCUGGUGAUUGUGGCUUGAUAUUUCCAAGUGAACCAUCAAUAGCUGAAGAUGAUGAUGAAGUAACUGAGUCAAAGAUUAAGGCAUUCCUGGAUGAAAAGGCUUUAGAUCUGAAGAAGCUGCAAACACCUCUAUAUGAAGAAUUCUACAAUUCUUCGAGUGUUACUGGACCUCCAAGUCCUGUCUGGACUGUGAAUAAGGAGAAUAUUUCGGAUGAUUCAAACUUAACCCCUAAAAGUAGGUCACCCAAUAGGGUGGCUAACAAACGACUUUCAACUGCUGCUGACCUUGAGUACAACUCAAGCCCGGGGAGUUCUUCCAUAUGUGUUGGCGAUGUAAACUUUAAGGCUUCUAAGAAUGUCAAAGAGCUUCCUGAUUCUCAACCCAGGCCACUUAGUCCAAGCGCAAGCUUCUCUAAUAGACAAAGGAAAUGGAAAGAAGAACUUGACGAAGAGCUCGAAAGGAAACGAGGGCUUAUGCGUCAGGCAGGAACAAAGACAUCAUCUCCAAAGGAUCUUGUCAGAAAUCGAUACAGAGACCGAUUAUCAUUUGCAUCUCCAGGGAAAUAAAUGCUAGUCUGAGACUUGUCAAAAGUUAUGAUUCGCUUUUUGACAACGUUUUAUUCACGAACUUGACGAGAAAAUUUGCAGUUGCAAAGAUGCUGGUCAGGCGAUUGACAUAGUGGCAAUUCAUCCAUCUGGUUUCUAAUUCAUGGACUUAGGUAGAAGUUAUGAUAUGAAUUGCUAUGCCUUCUAGGUACUAUGUGAAUAUGAAUAUCGUGCUUGUCAUAAGAACAUCACUUUUUCUUACCAAUGUCAUAGAUGGUGGUGGUUUCUUCAAUAUGAUGACGGACCACUUUAUAUUAGUUAUGGUGGUUCAUCUGAAGUUAUGAGCACGUGUAUUCUUUUUUCUGUUCUUCCUGAUAAAGCUUUCAGGGCAUGUAUCUUGUUGUGUUCAUACCUCACUUUUGUCAUUAUAGAAUAAUGCUAGUGUUUCAUUCUCUUAACUUGUUUCUCUUUA